UCGCUAGCGAAACCAGGGAUGAUUUUCCUAUAUGAAACGAUAACGAAGUUAACUCAGUUUUUAGCUGGCGAAAUUUCACGUCUGAUUGCUCAGAUAAAACAGAUGAAUAAAUAAAAACAUGUUAAUUCCAUUUCUUUCCUCCAAAUAUUAAUGUAUCCCUUCUCUGUUCAUCGACUCCCAAGUGCUGGAUGUAGUUUGGCCAUAAUUAGCCUGCCAAAUUGACAGAUCUGGCAAUCCUAUGAAAUCUGAUUAAAAUUCUCAAGAAAAAAAGGAAAAAGGGGAGACACACUCAUUUGCUGUCAACGCUGUUUGUUUGGUCAGCAGUCAUACGAUACGAGAACGAUACGAAGCUCAUCAACUUCUGCCUAAAUUAGGAGCUGCAAAUUUGAGGAGAUCAAUUUCGCACGCCAGAAACAAACUUGGCGAGUUGAAGGCCCAAGCAAGAUGGCAGCAAAGAACAAGAAGAAGGGCACCUACAUCAGGCUGGCCGAUCAGGACGAGCUCAUCGAGUUGACGCAUAAUGUAGAUCCUACAUCAUGGGUCGUGUGCCACAUGUUUCGACCCAGAAACAAGCGAUGCCGCCAAUUGGAAAAUCACCUAAGGAUCCUGGCCGAAAAAUAUCCGGACACCACGUUUUGCGCUGGAAUGCGGGUGAGGGAUACUAUUUUUGGCUACACUGAACUACUAGAUGGCGACGACUUCUCCAUGGAGAUGAUCGAAAAGCGCAUCGCUUUAAACGGGGCCAUUGUGGAGUGUAAGGCCGAUCUGAAGCCACCAGCAGAUGUGAAGCCCAAGAAGAACAAGCGCCGUCCAAAGAAGAAGGGUGAUGGCGACAACAAGAAAGACUCUAAACUGCAAAACUAACUGCGGUCCCACACAAACCCAAACACACAUACAAAAAUAUCUAAGCCAUCUUACAACCAGAUAAACAAACCACAAGCGGAAUGGAAUAUAUAAUAACUAAACCUUAAAUCCGGUAUUAUUUAUUAAAUAUUGCAUUCCUAAAGACCCUGCUCAUGUCUACAUAUACUUCAUAUAUCGGUCUUAAUUAUAUCUUAUGGAAUUACAAUGAAAUUGAUUAACGAUUAUGUAAGCCCCCUUAAACUAUUGUACUUUUUUGGUGGUCAAAUUUCGGCGCGCAUUGGCGCCAUUGAUAUGGACGAUAUUUCCUACGACAAUAUUAGCGGAAAUUAAAUUAUAUGUAAUGUAU